AGAUCAUUGAUUGUUGUCGCGUGAUUGUAUAAAACUAAAAAGAAAAAAAUAUUUCAGCUACGGGAAUGAAGAAGAUCUAAUCCAUUUCAUCGUCGAAGAAUAUCGACACUCUCUCGAAGAAUAUCUAAAGUAUCUUUUAUUGGCGUUAAAAUUCUAAUGGCACGGACUUAAUAAUUCAGAGCGAGCUAUCGGAUCGUAGGUAUCGCAGAAUUGUUAGCUAAGAUCGAUGUGAAACGGGAACAAGUCAAUCUCCAGAUUUGCUAAAACGGAGACUGAAUUCUACAUAAUAUCCGAACAUAAUAUCUGUACUUUCGUAAAGAAUUUUAACGAUUUUACCAAGCUGUGCUAUUACAUUUUUCCGUAAAAUUCGCAGAGUCAAGUAAUACGAUCUAAUAUUUCUUAAAAUUCUAUGUUUCUUCCAAACUCUACUUUCCCUGCAUUCUACGAGUUAAAAAAGAAAAUCCGAUGCUCGUUCCGUUAGGUGAUUUUCGUACGAUGCAGGUACGAAAUAGUUUUACUUUUCGCGACUGUUGAAUUAUCUCUAAUUAAAAGAAUAAACUGUAAGUACGCACUUCGAUACUGACCAUCGUUGUGGCAAUCAGCUACAAUUUAAUGGUAUUUUUCAAGGAGCUUCGACUAUUGUCCAUCGUUCGGGUCGUCUUCGUGUCUUGUUGUUGUUGGUCAAGUAAAAAUUUAUCCGAGACGUUUGCAUUCCAAAGAUUCAACGUUACGUUUGUAGCUUACAAAUGAUAAGGAGUUCAAGACAAGGAAUUGGGAUAGGGAAGAGAUUAUUCAGAGUUUAUUCAAAGUUUCAUUGUUAGAUUCAGGCAUAUGCGAAUAACGUUUGACAAUCGUUUUAAUCUUAAUUAAAAUAUAAUCUCUGGUACGAACAAGUAUAGAAGUUUUCUUCGAUCUCGUUGUACGUUCUUGGAUAUUUCCAUAUUGUAUACUUCGCAGGCUUAGAAAGUGUGGCAAGAAACUGCAAAGUGUAAGUCGAUACCUAAGUUACACAAACUUAUAAAAUAUUCGCAUAUGUCUACUCUCUUCAUAGAUGAUAGAUUUAUCAAUACCUCCAAAGGCCCAUGUACGAUGGAAGAUGUAGUUAGUAACCCAGUAAUAAUGUAGUAUCCUCGACCAAUUAAGAGAAACGUGGUCCUCUAAGAUCAACGCUUCGUGUGAUUCUCUCGUACCUUAUUAUAUUUAUUAUUACUAUCGCAUAAAAAGUAUUGUUAUUAAUACAAUUACUAUCAAUCUCAUUACUUGUCUUCUAUCAAAUUGAAGCAAGGUAUGUAUUGCGUUCACACACAUGAGAAAUCGCUGAGCGCACAUUCGAGAUAUUCUAAAUAUUACGCGUACAAAUAUAAUCGAAUUUGUUGAAUUUCUCAAGUUUAUUAAAAUACCUAUAUUAUAUUUGAGAAGACAUGAUCCGAGAAUGUUAUCACGUGGACACAAAGAAAUUGAUUCGACGUUUAUACCUUGGAUCAUUUUAAUGAUGUGCGAUUUAAAUCAGCGCGUCCUAUUACGAAUGUUUGUUAUAUCAGUUUCAAAUUAGGAAUCAAUUUUUUUACAAAUUGGUAGAUCGUGUAUGCAUAACUUAUGUACUUACGUUUAUACGUGUAUGUGUAUGGCUGUUCGACCCGAAAUACCUUCGUAUUAUUUCCUUAACCAUUAUGUUAUUGAAACAAUAAUGAUACUGUUUCAAGAUUCAAUGUACCUCGAAACCUAUCUUCUUCAGUUGGAGGUAUUAAACAAUUUGUAUUUAAUAAAAUUAUAUUUUAAUUCAUUUUCAUUGUACAUAUUGAAGGUAUGAUAAUUGCGCGUUAAAAUAAGAUUGGUACUAAUCAUUUCUCUUUUAAUUAAUGUUAUAAAAUUGUACAAAAUAAAGAUAAUUAUAAUUACAGAAUACAAUCCUUUUCGCGAAAACGAAUUUUCGAUAUCUUCAAAUAUUCUUUUCUACAUUCUCGCAUUUUUAAUUGUUUGUCUUGGAAUAUAAUCCUAUCAUCCUGGAAUAAUAUAACGUAAUAUAAAUAAAUUACUAAAUUUAUAUAAUUUUGUCCUGGGUGGCAUGAUAUAUGAUUCUUGACUUCUCCAAUUACAAGCACUCAAUCUUUUAUAGUACAGUAAUCCUCUAUCAGCGGCGCUGCAGUGUUAUAACUUGUGUAUAGGACAUGUAAUUCCGUUAAUCAUUAGUAUAGUUUGUUUCUUGUAUUUAAAGUUGAAUUAGAAUAAUCGUUAUCGAUGCUUCAAUUUGAUAAGCGAAAAAGAAUGUUCUGAGCUGUGUGUUUCGUGUGUUUUACACUUUCAACACUGUACAACGCACUCUAAAAAGAUUUCCAAUGCAACAUUGAACAUGUUAUAUAGUAUACUGUGUAACAAUUAUUCAUUUUUCAAUUGUAAUGUUAGUAGUUGCAGUUAUUUCGAUUUCUAAAAAUGUAUCUUCAAUGAAAUUUUAAAUAAUUCGAUAUACUGAAAUUUAUACAAGAAAAAGAUGGUACGAAUAAAGUGGUCUUUAACCAAAGCGCCUAAUGUUCUUAAACUUAACUUAAAACAAAAAUGGUGGCGUUUUCAAGUCAUUAUAAAAUCUUUGUUUUAUAAUGAAUUUUUAAAUUGGAGUUAUGUUUGUGACAUACUUCUAGAACCAAUGUUCUGGUUUGUAGAAAAUUUUACUGCUUGUUUAGGACCGGUAUUUGUAGUAAUGGUAAGCCUUUUAACUGCAAGUAUCGUGUACAUUGCAUAUUACAUUGGUCUACCAUAUUGGUGGGAAAAGAGUCCAUUGAUGACAAUAAUCCUCUUAGUGAUUGGAAAUUGGUUAUUAGUAAAUGUAUGUUUUCAUUAUUAUAUGGGAGUAAAUGUCCCAGCUGGUUAUCCACCGGAAGGUGGUCUUAUACCAGAGGCUGUGAGUAUCUGUAAGAAAUGUAUUAAACCAAAACCACCCAGAACACAUCAUUGCUCUGUAUGCAACAAAUGUAUUCUUAAGAUGGAUCAUCACUGUCCAUGGUUAAACAAUUGUGUUGGUCAUCAUAAUCAUAGAUACUUUUUUCAAUACAUGGUUUUUACAGUACUUGGUAUUUUAUUCAUAAUGUUAUUUGGUGUAGAAAUAGCAUAUCAAGAAUUCUUUCCAGCGCAAGAACCGGAAUUAGAUGGUCAUCCAGUACGCAUUAAUAAUUCUGAAAUAAUUCCUGUGUCUGAAUCACUAGAUCAUCUAAGUGAAGAGGAAUUAGCUGAAAUAGCUAAACAAGCUGCAGAUACAAGCAUUAAAGAAUGGAACCGUCGACUUAUAGUUUUUGCAGCGCUAAUUUGCGUGGCUACAUUUGCAGCAUUAGGAGCUUUAACAUGGUGGCACGCGGGUCUCAUUACUAGGGGAGAAACAAGUAUAGAAGCACGUAUAAAUAGCACAGAAACACAAAAGUAUAAAGCACUUGGUAAAAUAUAUCAAAAUCCAUAUAAUUUUGGACCAAGACAAAAUUGGAAGCUGUUUCUAGGUAUAAUUGGAAGAAGUUGGUGGCAUAUACUUUUUCCAUCUAAUCAUGGACCAUAUGGAGAUGGUCUCACAUGGAAGACCAUUCACGAUACAAAAAUAUCUUGAGUAUAAUUUUCAUGCCUAAUAAUGGCAGAAGUUACACUUAUUAUUUACAGUCACCCUGAAGUCAUUCUUACAAAUUAAAAAAUCUUCUAGUCAAUCUAUAUUACAACUAUAUAGUACUAUGUGCACAUGUUUCAAACAAUAUUAAUAUAAUCUGAAAAUAUUAAUGUCAUCAUAAAAAUAACACUCACUUUGUGCAUUAAUAAGAUUAUUUGAUAUGUACAUACAUUGAUAGAUAACACUUUUAUCAAACAUUACUACACUUUUAAAAAUUAUUAUCAAAUGUAUUUUUAACUUUUAAUCUUUAAAUCAGUCGAAAUGUUGCUGGAAAAAUAAACAAUUUUUUAUCUUUGCAAA